UAAGCAACCCCCUCAAACCCAUACUUGCUUACCAUUAUUAAUAUUAUUAUUGUUUGUAUAUUUAAUUGGUAAUUAUUUGCUUUCAUAAUUUGGUAUCAUAUCAUGGAGAUGAGGAAGUGCUUUGGGUUGUUGUUCUUGCUUUUCAUCAUCUUGGCUUCUCAAGAGAUGGUGGUGCCAAGUGAAGGAAGGGUAUGUCAAUCGCAGAGCCACGGGUACAAAGGACCAUGCCUCAGAGACCAUAACUGUGCCCUUGUUUGCAGGAACGAGGGUUUCUCCGGUGGCAAAUGCAGGGGUUUCCGUCGUCGUUGUUUCUGUACCAAGCUUUGCUAAAUGCUAAUGAUAAAUUGUGUGUUAAUUAAUAUCCAAGAAAUAAUUGAUCUCUGUGAUGCUUGAGGUAUGUUUGGUGUGGUGGUUAGCUCUUUGUUUGUUGAUUAGAUUUUAGAGUGCUUAUUGUGUACGUACGUACGUCUUCAUCCUUUGUUGCCAUCAUCAUUAAUAUGGUGUUAUAAUUUUUCCCAAUCAAUUAAUGUUAAUCUGCUUUUAUUCGA